AUGGCCAACUACACACCGGUUGCCCAGAACGAAUCGCUGGGAGAUACGUUACUGGCCGAUGAAACUUUUGCCAACGAUCGUGAUAAAAGUGACGCUAAAUCCCACCAUUUGGAGAAGGAUCGUUUGGGCAAACAUCAUUUAGUCAGUCCGUUGGUUGCCAUUAAACAUCCUUCCAUCAUGCGACAACCGACUGCAGUUUCGAAUGUGGACAAUGCCACCGUUGCCCAAUCGAACAACGUUCCAACUGGACAACAACAAGGAUCGGUAGGACCAGCCAAUAACGUUGGUGUUAUUGCUGGUGGAGGCACUAAGCCCAACGUGACAUUCAAACUGAGCGACGAGCCCGACAAAGUUCUUUCGGAUGUGAAAAAUGCCGGGAAGAAGAAUAGCCGUAGGUACCGAAGCCGCUCACUGUCAGCCUCGUCUACCGACAGCUACAGUUCAGCGUCGUACACGGGCAGUUCGUCGGACGAGGAGGAGAUUUCGCCACGUGAAAAAGCCCAGCAAACAUCAAAAGGCAUGACGGAUUUCUGUGUCAGGAAUAUCAACCAAGCAGCUUACGGGCGAAAGGAGAUUGACAUUGCCGAACAAGAAAUGCCAGGAAUUAUGGCGCUGAGGAGACGGGCUAGCGAAGAUAGGCCUUUGAAAGGAGCCAAGAUCGUCGGAUGCACUCAUAUCAACGCCCAGACGGCUGUCCUUAUUGAAACACUAACAGAACUAGGUGCCCAGGUGAGGUGGUCCGCUUGCAACAUUUACUCUACGCAGAACGAAGUGGCUGCAGCAUUGGCUGAAGCUGGUUUCUCGAUAUUCGCAUGGCGUGGUGAAUCAGAAGAAGAUUUCUGGUGGUGUAUCGAUCGAUGCGUCACAGCCGAAAACUGGCAACCAAACAUGAUUCUCGAUGAUGGAGGUGAUGCCACUCAUCUCAUUCUGAAGAAAUAUCCUGCCAUGUUUAAAAUGAUCAAAGGAAUCGUCGAGGAGAGCGUGACUGGAGUCCAUCGUCUCUAUCAGUUAUCCAAGACGAACAAGUUAACAGUGCCGGCCAUGAACGUCAAUGAUUCCGUCACUAAAACCAAGUUCGAUAAUCUCUAUUCGUGCAAAGAAUCCAUUAUCGACAGUUUGAAGAGAGCUACCGACAUGAUGUUUGGUGGCAAGCAGGUGGUCGUCUGCGGCUACGGUGAAGUUGGCAAAGGAUGUAGCCAAGCACUGAAAGCUCUCGGAUCCGUCGUCUACGUCACGGAAAUCGAUCCUAUCUGCGCCCUUCAAGCCUGCAUGGAUGGCUUUCGCGUCCUUAAGCUGAGUGAAGUCAUCCGUAAUGUUGAUUUAUUGAUCACGGCCACGGGCAACAAAAACGUGCUCACUCGCGAGUACAUGGACAAAAUGAAAUCGGGCGCCAUCGUUUGCAACAUGGGACACUCCAACACCGAAAUUGACGUCAACAGUCUCAGGACACCCGACUUGACCUGGGAAAAGGUCCGCUCGCAAGUAGAUCACGUCAUCUGGCCUGAUGGCAAAAAGAUCAUUCUCUUGGCGGAGGGGAGGUUGGUCAAUCUCAGUUGUUCUUCCGUUUCAUCAUUCGUCGUUUCCAUCACAGCCGCCACUCAAGCCCUGGCGCUUAUUGAGCUGUUUAACGCUCCAUCCGGUCGUUAUAAAGCCGAUGUUUACCUCCUACCAAAGAAGAUGGAUGAAUAUGUCGCUAGCCUUCAUUUGCCGACUUUCGAUGCGCAUUUAACUGAACUUUCCGAUGAACAGGCCAAAUACAUGGGCCUGAACAAAACAGGUCCUUUCAAACCGAAUUAUUACAGAUAUUGAGCAGCGCAGAGCUGAAGCAAACAACAGACGCCAUGAAAUUACUGCGCAGACCAACGAAGUAGUUCAACAGAUGUUGUUUUAAUUUCCAACUAUCCUGUUAAAAAAUACUAUCCAAACCUCUUUUCUUCCCUGAUCUGUUUCUUAUCGUUUUGAGAUAAGAUUCCAAACUUAUGUUUUGAUUGUGAACUUAUUUUAUCGAUUCAUCCGUAAAAGAAGAAAAACUAGUGUAGUGAUAUAAUCAUUAGACUUCGGCAUUCUCACAGAUUCGGAGACCUACUUCCCGUCAUUUUAUACUUGCUAGUUUUUCUUAUUUUAUUUUGUCAGUGCAUCAUAAAGGUUCGCCUUUGUAGUAUUCAAUUUCCCUAGUGAAUAUCACGUGACAACGACA